CCGGCCUACCCGCUACUUGAGUGCUUUUUCCCCGUUGCAACCCUUCAAAGCCACUGCCACAGGUUCUUUCUGCAGUUUCUGGUUCUCCAUUUUCAGCAGUUCCUUUGCAUUCUACUGUCGCUCUCUCUCCGAUUCUGUUUCCUGCACCUGUUUCCUCUCCAGUUUACGACAUCGUCUUUUUGUAGUGCCGGCGUUUCAGCAUGCCACGCCGGGUUGGUAAGGAUCCGGCGGACUCGUCCAAUGUCGCCAGACAAGGUCACAACACGAAGAGUUUCGAAUCGCCGUUCAAGGUUGAUCCGACAAUCGACGGCAAGAGAGACGACCCCGUCUGGCAUUUCAUCGCACGAGGUCGUUAUUUGGAUGGGUCCACUGCGGCGGGUAGAAAGAGUGGUCGUCGCUGCCUGUGCAUGUUGUGCGGGCGUUCGAUGUGCGGGGGCGCUAAGGCCGCCAAGGAACACUUCUCAAAGAGCGAGAAGUUCCGAUGUGAGGUGGCCACUCCUGCAGUGUGGUAUGUCAUCUGGUCAAAGGACAUGACAAAAUGUCCGAAGGAGUUCGUAUCGGCUAUCGAGGCAUUGCGGAGCUUAUCUCACGGUCAUCCGAACUUCCAGUGGCCACCGCUACGACACCCUGAGGAUUCAGUGUCACCCCUCGAUUCCACCACCGUCCCCUUGGAGACGGUGCCUUCAUCCAGUCCAGCAGUUCGAGUCACAGUGCCGCGUCGCACGCCACCGCGUCCACCAGCUCCAGCGUGUGCACCGCUGACAGGGACACAGGGUGCAGGUGGUUUACACGUCGGUCGGUCCGUGCCGGCCAAUGAGGCCCCUCCUGUGCGAGGGGUUGGGGGCUGUGCGGCGUUCGACGAACACGACACAUGUGUUUUUGUUGAGAGCCGCACGUGGGGGGGGGGUGUUGGCACUUCGGCUGGACUUGCCACUGUGUUUACCAGUGGCAGACAGCCACAUGCUGCACGGGCUACCACUAUUGCGGCCCCGGCCACAGCUGAUCGCGCUUAUGUGGCCACCGACGUCAUGCACGGGAAGAAGGACGCUACUGCCCUUGCGACCGCGUGGUUGAAGAGGGUGAAGUCCAUGGAAGUGGACUUGAGCGACAUCACAGCGUUCGUGAUGGACUCCGCCGGGGUAAACGUCGCAGCGAUAGAGGUUUUCCAGAAGGACGAGAGCGUCAAACACAUCUUCUGGAUUCCAUGCGUCGUUCAUGUGAUGGACCUCAUUCUCGAGGACAUCGGCGGGAUUGAUUGGGUGGCCACCUGCAUCGCGCAGGCGAGGUUGGUGACGAGGUUCUUGAAGCGCCAUGGCCACGCAUGGGAGGUUUUGGAGGUCUUCUCGACGAAGAUUCUUCUACUGCCGGCGGAGACUCGACUCGGCACUAACGUCAUCAUGAUGACGAGGCUUGUGGACUUGCGGGGAGAGCUCACGCAGCUUGUGGGCGACGACCGGUGGCGUGAGACUGUCUGGUCGACCAGCAAGAUCCGCAAGGACGCCGCAGAGGUAACUGCGUGUAUCGGGUCUCCUCCAUGGUGGGAGGAUUUGAGAGCUUUGUGCAAGAUGCUGGAGCCUAUCAUGGAUAUGUUGAGGCUAGUCGAUAGCGACACACGCCAGAUAAGCAAGAUUUUGCGUCGUUACAAGGUUAUGAUCGCAUCUUGCUUGUCUGCGUGUCGCGACCUCGAUCAGGAGCAGCAGGACGCUAUUUUGGAGGUGUUCAACAGGCGGCGCACCAUAUUCCGGACACCCGCCCACACAGCAGCCAUGUUGCUGGACCUCGAGUUCCGAGACCCGACGCUGAACGACGACCAGGAGGUGCAGCAGGGAUUGAUCGAAGCCCUGGUCCAGUUCGGCUAUCCAGAGGGAUCGGUGCAGUACGAGGAGGUCCUUAGGGCGGUAUUCAAGUUCCAUACAAAGGACCCUCCUUUCGAUGAUGUCAACAUGCGGCGAUCGUUGGCAUACUACAGCCACCCUGCCAGUUUUUGGUCCGCGAAGAGUGCGAAGUACCCUCACACGACCGUCUUUGUCGGAACUGGGUGCAUUAUUGGCAGUGCUGUGGAGGAGAAGGUGGCAGUGGACCAGCAGCUCGUCAGAGGUAGUGGUGCACUGGCGAGGGUGACUGAGGAGGAGUUGGCUCACGCCAGAGAGAGGAUGCGCAUCGUUUCCCACAUGGGAGCCAUGCGUCGGGUGGCGGAGUCCGACAGGAGGCGACGCAGGGGCGGAGCAGGUGGACGUGGCGGGCGUGGGCGAGCAGGUGUCGGAGGAACGAGGCGUGGUGGCAGGACUGCUGCAUCUGGGACUCGUCGACAGCGGGCGGACGGUUUCAUCCGCAAGGCCCGCCACUGGUGGGACGAGGGAGACUUCUUGUUCGACAGCUCAUCCACCGACGACGACGAUUUUUUUGCAUUGGGGACGCCCGCGCCUACGGACGAUGAGAGAGGCGACGACGACGACAGAGGUGAUGGCAGAGGUGGGGGCGGAGGAGGUGGCAGAGGAGGUGGCGGCGGAGGAGGUGGCGGAGGAGGUGGCGGAGGCGACGACAGAGGUGUCGGAGGAGGUGGCGGAGGAGGUGGCGGAGGAGGUGGCGGAGGCGACGACAGAGGUGCCGGAGGAGGUGGUGGAGGAGGUGGCGGAGGCAACGACAUAGGUGCCGGAGGAGGUGGUGGCGACGAGGGAGGUGACGACAGAGGUCGCGGAGGAGGUGGCGCUGACGAGGGAGGUGACGACAAAGUUCACAAAGGAGUUGGCGGCGACGAGGGAGGUGACGACAGAGUUGAGGGGUAUGAGGGUGACUUUCCUGUGCGUGGUCGUGGGUUCUUCUUGAAGCGGUUGAGACACGGGCCCAGGCAGGAUAGCAGCAUCGGCUCUCGUGUGCGCAGGCGUCGUCUUGAGACUCUUCACGAUGCGACCGCCACGAACGCACGUGUUGCGCAACACGAGCAGGUUCUCGUGUCUGAGGACUCCCUGGGCGACACAUCGGACAAGGACUUCAUUCCUCAGACUUCCGACGUGAGGGGCCCGGAGCAUCAACCCGGUUUCGUCGAGGGCCUGACCAAGUCUGCAGCGACGAUUUCAGCGCAGGAGGAGAGUGGAGUAGGUUUGACUUUUCUCGAGUUUGCGGCGCCCAUUGCAGAUACUGUGGUCGCACAGGAGUCCCAUCGCCAUCUGACACAACCCACGGUCGCGGUUCAUGCGGAAACUCGAGGAGGGGCAGCCAGUGAUGGGCAGACAAUUCCUGACGGUGAAGGGAAUGUGCCACCUCCUUCCACCGUCGUCUUCACGGGCGCCCACGGGGCACCCAGCGUCGCACUCCCCUCCAUAGGCGAGGUAGCACAUCCUCCCACGGCUGACGUUGGUUUGGAGGACGGAGAGGUAGCACAUCCUCCCACGGUUGACAUUGGUUUGGAGGACGGAGAGGUUGCACGUACUCCCAGUUGUGCCCAUGAGGGAGAAGUUGCACGUCCUGCCACGGUCAACCACGUUGGCCUCGCCUGCCCCGCUGACAGUCUUCCGCCCACUGCGGAGUUGCUCGCCAUGGAGUCAGCGUUGUAUGAUCUACCUGACGUAUCGACUUUGAUUUCUCCCACUUUGGCAUUUGUGGCACCACCAGCGACUGGUCGAGCGGAUGACGCGGAUGGAGUGCCGACUGGUCGAGCGGAUGACGCGGAUGGAGUGCGUAGAGGAUUCGAUGAGUUCGCCGGCGACACGAUAUUGCAUCCCUCAGUCUCCGCCACUCCCACCGUUUUUCAUGUUGGGGCACCGCACGCGGUGGACCAGGGUUUGGCGCAGCAGGUGGCACGGAACCAUCGUGGCGGCCCUCGCGUCGCGGCGCAACGCAGUUUGGGAGAUUCAUUUGAGAGAUUGGAUGCAGAGUAUGCGGCGCAGGAGGGUCAUUGUGCACAAUAUUCCGCACGCGAUAGGUCAUCAUUCCCGACACUCUCUCAGGCAGACCCGCACCCAGGCCCGCCACGUUCGGUGCAGGAGACGGCUCCCGACGUUGUCGCCGCGGACGCACUACGGAUGGUACCGUGCGCGUCGCAGCGCAACGCAGUCUGGCACGGACAUUAACCACAGAUGGUAGCGUGCCUGCUCACAGCACUGGGUCGCACUACGAGCAUAGAGGGUC